AUGCCCAAGAGGAAGGUCAGCUCGGCCGAAGGCGCGGCGAAGGAGGAGCCCAAGCGGAGGUUGGCCCGCCUGUCGGCUAAGCCUGCUCCUGCCAAGGCGGACGCCAAGCCUCGGAAGGCGGCGGGCAAGAUGAUAAAUCAUCAGACAAAAAAAGUUCAAAAAGGGAAAAGGGGAGCAAAGGGAAAACAGGCUGAAGUGGCUAACCAGGAAACUAAAGAAGAUUUACCUGCAGAAAAUGGAGAAACGAAAAAUGAGGAGAGUCCAGCUUCUGAUGAAGCAGAAGAGAAAGAAGCCAAGUCUGAUUAA